AUGUCAUCGUCACCAACAAGCGUUUUGUUUAUAUUAUUUUACCUAGUUAUUUUACUAUUUGCUACAUCUGAUCUUAAACGAUUUAUUUUUCAUGUCCAUAUUUCACGUGUUGAUCGUAUACCUGUUGAAAUCGAUAUUGAUUCAUCAUCAUCUUUAUGGUAUCCAAUUACAAUUGGAAUUAUUUUUAAUAUUUUUAUUAUAAAAUUUUCUAUUAUAAAUAUAUGUUUACUUUUAUGGCGACGAAAAUUAUUGUGUCAACUUAAUUUUUCAACAUUAAUUCUAUUAUGUUUAUUUACAACACGUUUUAUAAUAAAUAUAAUUCUGACUAAAUAUCGAAAUGGUCUUGCAACACCAACACUUGUUGAACGAUCAUUUUUUGCAUCAUCAUUAUCAUUAGAAGAAGAACUUACUACAAUUAUUUUAAAUUGGAUUAUAAAAACAAUUGGUUUUGUUGGUACAUUUAUAUAUUGUUAUAAACAAAAACAAAAACAAACAAUUAAUAUUGAAAGACAAAGUGAAACAAAAUUAAUGUCUAAUUUUGAAUAA